CUCGCUGCCCACUGGAUUAGCUGCCGCUCCCAGGAUUGCUGUCGCAGAAGAGCUUGAUGGCGGGAUCUUGCGAGAUCAGCAACAUCUUCUCUAACUACAUCAGCGCCAUGUACCAGCCAGAUGAGGUGCAGCCAACCUUGGACAUGCUGGGACAUCUUGGGGACGACAACACCCUGGGGCUGAGCCUCCCCACCAGCCAGCCCUUGACACAGAGCACAGACAAGCCAGAGUGGUUCAGUGAGCUCCCGUACUUCUGGACCAAGGUGCAGGUGCUGGAGUGGAUCAGCUACCACGUGGAGAAGAACAAGUACGACGCCAGCUCCAUCGACUUCUCCUGCUGCAACAUGGAUGGGCAUGCACUCUGCCACUGCACCAGGGACCAGAUGCGCCUCAUUUUUGGGCCCCUCGGGGAUGAGCUCUAUGACCGCCUGCAUGAGAUCACUUCUGAUGAACUGAACUGGAUCAUUGACUUGCUGGAAAAAGAGGAUGCAACUUCCCAAGAGAUCUUCAUGGACUCCAGUCACCUGGAGCUGGGAAAUCCCUGUGCCAAGGACUCCCUGGAGGACAUGAAGCCCACAAACCCUUUCCUGACCACAGAUGCCAUGUCCCCAGGCAGCUCCGAUGUCUCAGGGCCUGUGAUGUCCCACAGCCCCAACUCCCAGGACUCCGGUGGAAGUGACCUCGACCUUGAUCCCAUGGAAGCAAAGCUCUUCCCUGACGAUGGCUUUGCAGGGAGCAAGAAAGGGGACAGCAAACACGGCAAGCGGAAACGAGGACGGCCCCGAAAACUCAGCAAGGAGAGCAGAGACUGCCUGGAGAGCCGGAAGAGCAAGCACUCCCCAAGAGGUACCCACCUGUGGGAGUUUAUCCGGGACAUCCUGAUCCACCCGGAGCUGAACGAGGGGCUGAUGAAGUGGGAGGACCGGCAGGAGGGUGUCUUCAAGUUCCUGCGCUCGGAAGCAGUGGCUCAGCUCUGGGGCCAGAAGAAGAAAAACAGCAGCAUGACCUACGAGAAGCUGAGCAGAGCUAUGAGGUAUUACUACAAACGAGAGAUCCUGGAGAGAGUUGAUGGGCGACGGCUGGUGUACAAGUUUGGGAAGAACUCCAGUGGCUGGAAGGAGGAGGAGGUGCUCAACAGGAACAAGGAGCUGUAG